GAAAUUUUGAAACCUAUGAUUUCCUACCGAUCCCAGACAAGUGCUUCCUUAAAAUUCACUGUUUUGAACCCCAAAGGACGCAUCUGGACCAUGAUAGCUGGUGGUGGUGCAAGUGUUAUUUAUGCUGAUACUGUUGGAGACUUGGGUUAUGCAUCAGAACUUGGGAAUUAUGCAGAGUAUAGUGGUGCUCCUAAUGAGGAAGAGGUGUUGCAAUAUGCUAGGGUUGUCAUUGAUUGUGCCACUGCAAAUCCUGAUGGUCGUAAAAGGGUUCUUCUCAUAGGAGGUGGCAUAGCUAAUUUCACUGAUGUUGCUGUUACUUUUAAUGGAAUUAUUAGAGCACUAAGGGAGAAGGAAUCCAAGCUAAAAGCAGCGAGAAUGCAUAUUUAUGUGAGAAGCGGUGGUCCAAACUAUCAGACUGGUUUGGCAAAGAUGCGUGCCCUGGGUGAGGAACUAGGGGUUCCUCUGGAGGUUUUUGGGACUGAGGCAACAAUGACUGGAAUAUGCAAGCAAGCAAUUGAGUGCAUCAUGUCUGAGGCAUAAGAUCCCAUCUUAAUUUGAAUUUUUGUAUAUGUGCAAGAGUCUUUUUAACAUGUUUGUGAAGAGAGUGAGUUAUUUAUCGAAGUUUCGUAAGGGGAGACUGGGAUUGGAUUGUUUUAAUGUAUAAUGUAUAAGUUCUGAAAACAGUUACUGCUGCAAACCUGCUUGCCUUGUAUUUCAUCAACUUAUAUAUAUUAGCGACCUUGAAAGGUCUGGUUUAAUUUUCCUGUC